UCAGGCGUUACAGGUAUCUGUAGUCUCGAAGUAAGUUAGAGCAUUGCUUCAACUAUAUAAAACAAAAUGUCGAAAAUCUGUGAAUAUGAGAAAUUGCGUGAACAAAACAUAAAAGAAAAACAAGCGAUGUUAGAUUCGAUUAUGGCAGAAUUUCAGGAUCUUCGAAAGGAAGUUAACAGAAGUUUUCCUGCUAAAACUAGGACUAGGACGCCUACCAGAACAUAUGAUGAGAAGGAUCCUACCUUUCACCCGGGAUUCUAUGAAAGACGACGGAACCCUCCUAGAACUGCAGCCAAACGACUUUCUGCUGUGCCAACUACAAACAUUGUUACAAGGAGUAGAAAGUCAACUUCAGUUGCAUCAUCUCCUCAGUCAUCACCAGAAAACAGUCCCAGUAAACUUUUCGUCAGAUUCAGUUUCAGAAAAAGUCUAAACAUGGUAAAUUAUUCCGACGAGGAUAUUUCUUUGGAAGUGUAUGAUGAUGAAGAAGCAUUACCAAAAGUUAAACCACGUGUAACUGAAAGACCAAAUCGUCCUGUAGCAGAGCGACAGAUAAUUGCAGCGGAAGACAUCACCGAACAGGAUCUGGCUAGGGUAGCAGAUUAUGUCAGUGAAAAACAGUAUGAUUGUAAUAAUGGCACCACUUGCCACCAGUGUCGCCAGAAAACAAAGGAUAUGAAAACGAUUUGCCGAUCAGAAACAUGUGUUGGUGUGAGAGGCCAGUUUUGUGGGCCAUGUCUAAGAAACCGCUAUGGUGAAGAAGUAAGGUCUGCCCUGAAAGACCCUCUUUGGGUUUGCCCAGCAUGUCGAGAGAUUUGUAAUUGUAGCUUUUGUAGAAAAAAGGCUGGUCAUGCCGCUACGGGUAUUCUUACCCAUCUUGCUCGGGAAAGGGGUUUCGACAACGUUAAAGAUUUCCUGGAGUACGUUGAAAAGUAAAUCACUAAAUGUUUAUAUCAAAUUCACAGUUGAAAUUACCAUUCUGUUUUAUAACAUUCGUUUUUAAAACUUGGUUGUUUCUUAGUUUAGCAUGUUUCAUUUCACAGCAUUAGUAGUAGUUUUUUUUUUCGUCACUGAUCUUAGUAAUUAGAGAAAAAAAACUGAGUAUGUCCUAUUGAAAUAAAAUGUAGCAUGUUACUGUGUAAUGUAACUUCUUAAUCAUUCUUAGCAAACUAUUUGGAUAUUUUAACAGUUGACAGGUUUUGAAUUACUUUGAGUGGAGCCUUUAAUGCAUGUCUUUAACUAGAUUUUUGCUUGUAUAUUUACCUGUAAACUUUAAUGUAAUAAACAAAAAAAGGAAAUUCUCAGUAAGCCUAUUUUCAGGCUGAGUUGAGGCCUGAUUAUUAAAGUUAUAAAAAAAGUUAAGGAAUAGAAAAAACUUAUUAGAUACUUCAGUAUAUUUAGAAAGAUUUUAAAACAGGUUAUAAUUUUUAAAUAAAUGAGAUUCUUUAACUUCAGAUAAUGUAUAGCUUUAGUAGUGAUUUAAUAGAUUUUUAAUAUUUUAUACAUAAAAACAUAAAAGUGUAUUUGAAGCUUUUGACUAGAAAGUUAGGUCUAGUUCCUACACUUAUUUUUUUUAAAGUUUGAUUUCAAUGACUUGAUUACUUGGCUGUUUUCAUGUACAUUCUACUCUGUUGUUCAGAUGUUGAAAAAAUAAAAUUUGAAUUUUAUAUUAAAAAUGUACUUUUUUAUGUUUUUUUUUUCCCAGUUAUUGGUCAUUAGGGUUCCAGAAUCUGUCAGAACACACAAAAACCACUUUGCAGUUACUUAGCUAAUUUUUUAGAUUUUCUCAAA